UCGCCGCCGUCGACCAUUUCCGGCAAGUCCUCAAUAUCAGAAAAGGCCGCAGCCGCAAUCUCUCCCACUCUCACAGCACCACCCGAGAAGAGGCUCCGCCGCCGCCGUUGCUGCUGUCGGUGCUUCUGCUGCGCCGCCUGCGCCCUCGUACUCCUGGCCGCCGCGCUCGGCAUCUCCUACCUCGCUCUCGACCCCAUGCUGCCGGCCUACUCGGUCGACCGCUUCCAAGUCACCUCCUUCGACAUGUCCGGGACCGGCACCGUGCGCGCCGCCUUCAACGUGACGGUAACUGCGUCGAACCCCAACAAGGGGCUCGGCAUCUGCUACGCCCACGGCUCGCGCUUGCGCGUCCUCUACUCGGGCCAAACCUUGUGCGAGGGGGCGCUGCCGGCGUUCUGCCAGGGGCACCGCAACACGUCGGUGCUGACGGUGGCAUUGGCGGCGGGGGAGGCGGUGGAGCUGGGAAGCGCCAAGGCGGAGGAUCUGCGGCGGCAGGAGGAGGAGAAGACGGUGCCGCUGGAGUUCGAAGGGGAGGUUCCGGUGAGGGUGACGGUGGUCGGAGCGGCGAAGCUGUGGGAGGUGGUCUCGUGGGUAAGGUGUAGCUUGGUGGUCGAUAGCUUAAACGCUCGUCAGCAGAUCCAUAUGAAGAGCAGCAGCUGCAAGUUUAGUGUUCAUCUCUGA